GAUUCAAAGAGAGCGCCAGUGCCAAUCGCCUCGACUGGAUCCAUGGCGUCCGUCCAAGAUUGCGGAUCAGCUGCGUGCGAUGCGUGGUCGGCUUUCGAGCAGAAGCAAAGGGAUCUAGCGAGGCAGCGCAUUUCGAUUCGCAGGCUUGCUCCCAGCGGCUACGUGCUCAAGGAUGGAGAUGAGAAGCCGCGCAACAUUCUGGAAGAGAUUAUUUGGUACAAAGAGACAGAGGUUGCCGAGAUGAAGAAAAAGCUGCCAUUGUAUGAGAUGAAAGAAAAGUUUCCUCUGAUCGAUGGACCGGCUCGAGACUUUGUGAAAGUCUUGAAAGAUCGAGCAGCUGAAACUGGACUCCCGGCGUUGAUUGCUGAGGUGAAGAAGGCUUCUCCAAGUCGAGGUGUGAUUCAACCCGACUUCGAUCCGGUUCGUAUUGCAAAGGCAUACGAGAAUGGCGGAGCUUCUUGCUUGAGCGUGCUCACGGACUCAAAAUAUUUCCAGGGGAGCUUCGAGAACUUAAGCUUGAUUCGGGCAGCUCAAGUUCAGUGUCCCCUGUUGUGUAAGGAGUUUAUCAUUGAUCCAUGGCAAAUAUAUUACGCUCGUGCAAAGGGAGCCGACGCGGUUCUUUUGAUCGCGUCUGUCUUAACCGACGACGAGUUACGUUCCUUGAUGAGAGUUGUGAAACAAAACGGCAUGUCGGCUCUGGUUGAGGUUCACAAUGGAACAGAGAUGGACCGUGUUUUGGAGCUACCUGGAAUAGAGCUCAUUGGUAUCAACAAUAGAAAUCUUGAAACUUUCAAAGUGGACAUUAACAACACCGUGAAACUCCUCACCACCGCAAGGAUGGAUAUAAUCCAUGCUUUGGGAAUCAUGGUGGUGGGAGAAUCCGGGCUCUUUACUCCAGAAGACAUAGCAGUCGUUCAAAAAGCUGGAGUCCGCGCGGUUUUGGUUGGCGAAUCUCUGGUAAAACAAAAUGAUCCGGCAGCUGGGAUCGCUGGUCUUUAUGGAAGAGAUAUCUCCAAAGCAAAAUCAAAGGCUUCUUGAUCAGUAAGUCUCAAGCUCUCUCAAGCUUUCGCAUGGAAAUCUAUGAUCAUGUAUCCAUGGACUUAUAUUCACCAUUUCCAUUUCCCAAGGCACUGUUCUCGCGGCGUACUGCGAUGCUAAUAAACAAAGCGUGGUUUUUCCCGGGUA